CAAGAACAUAGGCAGAGGAUAUAGCUCACUGAUGACUUUGCUAUAGACAAGCUCACCAACUCGUGCUUCUCCGAGAUCAAAACCGAUCUAUCAUUUCGUCAUGGAAUCGUUUACGCCCAAUGCUUCGGAUAUAGGCGAUAACGACGGAGCAGAUACGAUAAUGGAGGAGGACGAAGCACUACGAAAGCGGUGGGCUGCCAUUGAGCGGUUGCCUACAUUCCGACUCCUCAGGACAUCACUCUUUCACAGCGAGAAUGAAAGCACUGGCACUAGGAAUGGUGAAGAAGGGAAGGAGAAGAAGGCGGUUGACGUUGCCACGCUCAGCUCCCUCGAACGUCAUCUGUUCAUCGAGAGGCUCAUCAAGCACAUCGAGAGCGAUAAUCUACGCUUGUUACAGAAACUGAGGGAAAGGAUAGACAGAGUGAAUGUGAAAUUACCUACGGUGGAAGUGAGGUACAACUGUGUCUCGGUGGAAGCAGACUGCGAGAUAGUACGAGGAAAGCCGCUUCCUACACUAUGGAACUCUCUCGCAAGCUUGUUAUCGAUUCCCGCAAGGACAAUGCCGUGCAAGUCUCAGGCUUCCAAGAUAAGAAUUCUCAAAGAUGUCAGCGGAGUCAUCAAACCAUCAAGGUUGACUCUUCUACUUGGUCCUCCAGGAAGCGGGAAGACUACUUUGUUAAAAGCUCUGGCUGGAAAGUUGGAUCAGUCUCUUAAGGUUACCGGAGCAAUCACUUACAAUGGCUACAACCUUGAUGAGUUUGUCCCACAGAAGACGUCUGCUUACAUAAGCCAACAUGAUCAGCACAUACCCGAAAUGACGGUGAGGGAAACCAUCGACUUUUCAGCACGCUGCCAAGGUGUCAGAAGCAGAGCAGAAAUAAUGGCGGAAGUCAGCAGGAGAGAGAGACAAGCAGGCAUCAUCCCUGAUCCUGACAUCGACACUUACAUGAAGGCAAUUUCCGUUGCAGGACAAGAGAGAAAUCUUCAGACAGACUAUGUCUUAAAGAUACUUGGAUUGGAUAUAUGUGCUGAUAUAAUGGUUGGAGAUGCACUGAGGAGGGGCAUAUCAGGUGGCCAAAAGCGAAGGCUAACAACAGGAGAAAUGAUUGUUGGUCCAAUGAAGACUCUAUUCAUGGACGAAAUCUCGACAGGAUUGGACAGCUCCACAACCUUCCAAAUAGUAUCCUGUCUUCAGCACUUGGUGCACCUCACAGAUGCAACAGCAUUUGUCUCACUCCUUCAGCCACAACCUGAAACCUUCGAUCUGUUUGACGAUGUAGUAUUGAUGUCAGAAGGAAAGAUUGUGUAUCAAGGCCCUCGAACCUAUGCACUAAAAUUUUUCCAGGAAUGUGGCUUCAAGUGCCCAGAGAGAAAGGGCAUAGCAGAUUUCCUCCAAGAGGUUAUGUCAAGGAAGGAUCAAGCACAGUACUGGUCUAGCACUGACGUUCCAUAUAGCUACAUUUCGGUGGAUCAUUUCUCCGAGAUGUUCAAGUUGAGUCAUGGCGGGGAAACAUUAAACCGUGAACUCUCAGUUCCUUGUCAGGGAUCUCAAUCUGACGACAGUGCUCUAUCCUUCAGCACCUACUCUCUAAGCAAAAGGGAAUUGUUUAAAGCCUGCAUGGCCAGAGAGUGGCUUCUGAUGAAACGAAACUCGUUUGUGUACAUCUUCAAAACAAUGCAGCUUGUGAUUACAGCAUUCCUAGCUAUGACGGUUUUCAUCCGAACUGAAAUGGACGUGGACUUGACCCAUGCAAAUUACAUCAUGGGUGCUUUAUUCUAUGCACUGAUCAGGCUCUUGACUAAUGGAGUUGCAGAGCUGCCUCUAACCAUCGCUAGACUUCCAGUAUUCUACAAGCAAAGUUCCUUUUACCUUUAUCCAGCGUGGGCUUACUCUGUCCCUGCAUCAAUCCUGAAGAUCCCCCUUUCAUUGCUCGAUUCGGCGCUUUGGACUGUAAUGACUUACUAUGUCAUAGGAUACAGCCCUGAAGUGAAAAGGUCAGCAUACAAUGUGACAACAUUGAACAGAAAAAGAGAAAAAUGCUUUCUAAAUAAUCUAUGUUCAUCGGAAUUGAAUGAAUUUUUCACAGCUCUGAUCACUUUCCCCAGGUUUUUCCGACAUUUUCUCCUGCUAUUUGCUUUGCAUCAAGCAUCCACAUCCAUGUGCCGAACAAUCGCCGCGGUUUUUCGCACUGUAGUAGCUGCAACAACAUUCGGUUCCUUAAUGUUACUACUGAUGUUUUUGUUUGGAGGCUUCAUCAUCCCCCGCCCUUCCUUACCACUGUGGCUGAGGUGGGGAUUCUGGAUUUCUCCGAUGACGUAUGCAGAAAUCGGUAUCUCACUGAACGAGUUUCUUGGGCCGCGCUGGAACAGGUUUUCGAAGGGAAACACAACCAUUGGAAGGGAGGUUUUGAUCAUCCACGGCCUGAAUUUCAAUGGGUACUUUUACUGGAUAUCGUUGGGGGCAUUGCUCGGCUUCACUUUUCUUUUCGAUCUCGGCUUCAUCUUAGCCCUCACCUACUUCAAAGCUCCCAAGGUGUCUCGAGCCAUAAUUUCGAGCAAAAAGAUCUCGGCAAGAUGUGCAAAGGGAGUUGAUAAGAAUAAUAUUCCGAUGGACAUUGAUGCUGAAGCUUCUGUGGAGAGGAGGAUAGGAAGGAUGAUCCUCCCAUUUGAGCCACUCUCAAUAGCAUUCAAGGAUGUGCACUACUAUGUUGAUACACCUCCAGAAAUGAGAGCGAAUGGAUUUAAAGAGAAAAAGCUCCAGCUGCUCUGUGGCAUUACCGGAGCAUUUAGGCCCGGAGUCUUGACAACCUUAAUGGGCGUGAGCGGUGCCGGGAAAACCACUCUCAUGGAUGUGCUUUGUGGAAGAAAAACUGGAGGCACGAUCGAAGGGGAUAUAAGAGUUGGAGGGUUCCCUAAAAAUCAAAGGACUUUCGCCAGAAUUUCUGGGUACUGUGAACAGUUUGAUAUACAUUCUCCUCAGAUUACUGUUGGAGAAUCAGUGAAGUACUCAGCUUGGUUGAGGCUGCCUCCAGAGAUUGAUUCGGAAACGAAGGCGGCAUUUGUGGAAGAAGUCCUUGAAACAAUCGAGCUCACCGAAAUUAAAGAUUCUUUGGUUGGCAUCCCGGGACAAAGUGGCCUAUCAACCGAGCAGAGGAAGAGGCUGACUAUUGCCGUAGAGCUCGUUUCCAAUCCAUCCAUUAUAUUCAUGGAUGAGCCAACAUCUGGUCUUGAUGCCAGAGCUGCAGCAGUUGUGAUGCGUACGGUGAAAAAUGUUGUUGCCACAGGCAGAACAAUGGUGUGUACUAUCCACCAGCCGAGUAUUGAUGUUUUUGAAGCUUUCGAUGAGUUGAUUCUGAUGAAAGUGGGAGGACGAAUAAUCUAUUCGGGAAACCUGGGUCGUCAUUCAAGUGAACUGAUAGAGUACUUUCAGGGAAUCCCUGGCGUGCCAAAAAUAAGCCACAACUAUAAUCCAGCAACAUGGAUGUUGGAAAUUACCUCCACAUCAGUUGAAGAGCAGAACGGCAUAGAUUUCGCUGACAUAUACAGGAAUUCUACUCAUUACAAGGACACUGUUGAGCUGGUUAGGCAACUGAGCGAACCGCUUCCAGGUUCAAGAGAUCUUCAGUUCUCGACCCGCUAUCCUCAAAAUGGACGUGUCCAACUCGUGGCAUGUCUAUGGAAGCAACACUUGUCGUAUUGGAGAAGCCCUGGAUACAACUUAGUGCGCUUCAUGUUUAUGAUUGUAGCGUCGCUUCUAUUUGGAGCUCUGUUUUGGCAGAAAGGGCAGCACAUAGAGGAUGAGCAGGACUUGUUCAACAUCUUUGGCUCCAUGUAUAUUGCCAUCAUAUUUCUAGGAAUCAAUAAUUGUUCAACGGUGCUACCGCAUGUGGCAACAGAGCGGACUGUUCUGUACCGAGAGACAUUUGCCGGAAUGUAUUCUUCUAGUGCUUAUUCUCUUGCUCAGGUGAUGAUCGAAGUUCCUUACAUACUUGUGCAAACAGCUUUGUACGUGGCCAUCACAUAUCCUAUGAUAGGGUACAACAGGUCGGCCUACAAGGUCUUGUGGUACUUCUACACUACAUUCUGCACAUUCUUGUACUUUGUGUACCUCGGGAUGCUUAUGGUUGCAGUGAGUUCAAAUCUUCAAGUUGCUUCCAUAUUGGCAUCUGCGAUCUACACCGUACUAAAUCUUUUCUCUGGCUUCCUUAUGCCGGGACCGAAAAUACCAAAGUGGUGGAUUUGGUGCUACUGGACUUGCCCAAUGUCGUGGUCAUUGAGUGGCUACUUAACUUCACAGUAUGGAGAUAUGGAGAAGGAGAUAAUCAUAUUCGGCAAAAGAAAACCUAUCAGUUCCUUCCUAGAAGAAUAUUACGGUUUUCGAAGCAACCGGUUAGGCCUUAUAGGUGUUGCUCUUAUUGCUUUUCCAAUAGCUUAUGCAUCUCUAUUUGCAUACUGUAUUGGGAGGCUAAAGUUUCAGAGGCGCUGAUAUCAGGGAUCUCAACUGUUUUUCUCUCUUGUAUGCAACAGCAAACGCUUGGAACUAGCUCAUAUUUUAUCUAAAGUUGUCCACAGUAAUACGUGUAAUGUAUAAACUUGUUAGACGCGCCAAA